CCUCACUUUGUUUAUAAUCCCCAUUCUAUGCUUCUAUCAUGACAAAGACGAGAAUUCAAAACCUGAAUAUCAGAUAUUAUACUCCUUCCCCUCCAAAUCCAAUCUUGAACCUUAUCCAUAUGGAUCGUGGAAUUUCUUUGGAUGAUGAUAUGAGUGUCCAUUUGCAGAUUAAUGAGCUUCGGAAGCUUAGCGAGACUUGUGGCUCAAACACCAUUUUUGAACCCCAGAGUAGCUGUGAGGCUAGAGAAUGUAAUGCAGAAUCCGUGCCUUCAGCACCAGUGCUUCGAGCACCCGAAAAGAAACUAACUCUCUUCGCUCUUAGGCUUUCCAUCUUCGAGAAGUCAGCUACUGGCCUCGGAACUCUGGGUUUUAUCUGGGCAACAGUAGUUCUCCUAGGUGGUUUUGCUAUCACCUUGGAUAAAACUGACUUCUGGUUUAUCACCAUUAUUUUGUUAAUCGAAGGGACUCGGAUAUUCAGCCGAAGUCAUGAGCUCGAAUGGCAGCACCAAGCUACAUGGUCCAUUACCGAUGCCGGUAUCAGUAGUUUCCGAGCACUGAGAUCCAGCUCACACAUCCUCAUCAAAGCUGUGAAACAAACCUUCAAUCCACUUUCCUUGAUAAGAAAGCCGAGUCAUAACACGAGAGAAGUAACACAGGUUGAUCAUUUACAUGUUGGAAAAUGGAAUCAUUCAAGAACCCCAACUCGGACAUGGAUAAGUUCAGAUGUCCCUCUUCUACCUUAUGGCAAAUGGGUUUUCCUUUCAAGAAAUAUAAGCAAAGUCCUCUACUGGCUCCAACUCUUGUCUGCAACAGCUUGUGUAGUACUUUCAUCCACGAGACUCGUCAACCAUAACUAUGGGGAGGUACAAAAGGGGGAUAGUGAUAAAAGGAACCGGCAAUCUGCUCUGAAUAUUUUCUAUGCCUUGGCCUUGGCAGAAGCUCUCUUGUUUUUGACGGAGAAAGCCUAUUGGGAGUGGAAGGUCAUAUAUUGUAAACUUUUGGAGGAAGUGAACAAGGAGUGUGAGCUUGGACCUUCAGGUAUGGUCUCCAUCAAAAGGUUCUUCUACGAUGCUUAUUCCAGAUGUGUUAAUGGAAGCAUUUUUGAUGGCUUGAAAAUGGAUAUGGUUACUUUUGCUAUUGAUCUAUUGGCUUCCAGUUCCCCUGAUGAACAGCUUAUUGGAGCUAGAAUUCUUCGGCAGUUUGCGAUUAGCGCAAGAUACUCCGAUGACACCUUGCAAAAGAUCGGGGUGAAUUUAUCGGUGGUUGAAAGAUUAGUUGAGAUGUUGAACUGGAAAGACCCUCAAGAAGAAGAGAUCAGGAGAUCAGCUGCAGAGAUACUGUCAAAACUUGCUGGUAAGAGGCAAAACUGCCUGCGUGUUGCCGGUAUACCAGGCGCAAUGGAAUCGAUAUCAUCUCUGCUUCAAACAAAUAGAAGUUCAGGCGACGGAGCAGAUGAAAUUGGUGAGAAGAACCUCAUUCUUGAUCAUGCAAAUUACAGUUUCUGGACAUUCAAUCAUUUAGGACUUCUCAUUCUUAAAAAGCUUGCUUGUGAUCAUGAUAACUGUGGAAAGAUUGGCAACACUAGGGGCCUUUUACCUAAAAUCAUAGAUUUUACACAUGCUGGAGAAAAGUUGCUGAGGGAUAAAAACGUUGCACCAUCCCAGAUUCUAACAGUUAAACGAUGUCUUCAACUGGUGCAACUGCUGGCAAGCACCACUGGUGCCACAGGAAAACAUCUCAGAAAGGAAAUCUCAGAGGUAGUUUUCACCAUCAGCAACAUUAGAGAUAUUUUGAGACAUGGUGAAAAGCACCCAACUCUGCAAAAGCUAAGCAUAGAGAUAUUAACCAAUCUGGCAUUGGAAGAGGAAGCAAGAGAGAGGAUUGGUGGAACUGGUGGGGUACUCAAGGAGUUGUUCACUAUCUUUCUCAACCAGGGGAUGCCAGAGCACCAGAAUCAAGUUAGACGCUCAGCAGGAGAAGCGCUCGCCAUGUUGGCCUUAGAAAGUAGAGCUAAUUGCCACCGCAUAUUGAGGCUGCAAGUCCUCGAAAGACUUAUCGCAGCAUUGGAGUUUCCGAUGCUUCGUGUGACUGCUGCAAGAAUUCUAAGAAACUUGUGCACCUACCGCGGAUCAGAUUGCUUCUACCUUUUAAAGGGUGUCAUAGCAGCAGCACCAACAGUGCUCAAGGCGAUUAUGUCAGAAGAGAACAAGUUGCAAGAAGUAAUGGUAGGACUAGCAGCACAAGUGUUCAAUCAUAUGACUUCUAAUGAAUCAAGCAUCAUGUUUGAGAGAGCUGGAAUUAAAGAGGAAGAACUAGCCAAAGCGUUGGUCCAGAUACUGGAAAAGUACAGACAUCCGUCGGCUAAGGUCCCGAGAAUAAGGAGGUUCACCAUAGAGUUGGCAAUUUGGAUGAUGCAUGACAAUGUAAAGAAUGUCUACAUUUUUAAGGAUUUGGGAAUGGAGAAAGAGCUGGAAGGUGUGUUAGAGACCACAGCAGAGCUGGAGAGCUUCAACAUAUUCUCCGGCUCUGUUGGCCUUAGCCGGCACAACACAACAAUUCACUCACUGGUUGAAACCGCUUUGAACUUGCUCAAGGAUCAGUAAAUUUUACUAACUGUGGCACUCCCACUAUUCAAAUUCUAUAAUAUAUACAUAUUGUAUAUAUACAUGUAUCAGUUAAAAUGUUUGAAUAAUCAUCCUUUCUGAAUAGGAACUCAUAACAGCUAAAGCAGAUUUUUUUCUCUCAGCAAUAAUCAUUGUAAUAAGUUAUUGUAACUAUGAGCCUCAAAAGAAGAAAAAGGUCAUAUACCUGUUGAAGAAAGUUGUAUACUGUAUUUUCUUUCUUGUUAAUAGAUUUAUGCAGAAAUUGUACUGAA